AUGUCGCUAUCGCUGUCGGGCACUUUCAGCUGCGACAGUUCGCGCUUCAGCUGCGACGGCGCGCCCGACGACACGGGCUGGGAGAGCCCUUCGGAUUCCGGUGGCGACGCGGUCUUCGGCGCGCAGUACGGUGACCGCCUCCCCAGCCGCAGGCGGAGCUUCGCAGGCGCGGGCACGAACCUUUCGAUCGGACGGCUAUCGGAUGGGCAUUUGAGCCUGGAGCGCGCGUGCAAGUCGGCGACAGUGUCGCGCGUUAGCAGCCGCCUGCUGGCCCCCACGCAAUCGUCGCAGGCCAAGUCGCGCUCUCUCAACCAUCGGCGCGCGGCGGAGGACGGUGGGACGGUGGGGCGCGAACCGUUCAGCACCUCAUCGCAGCCGCGGAGGACCAAAGCUGGCGCGACAGCAGCAGGAGCGGCCCGCGGAACACCCACAGACUUAAACGAGCGUGUACAUGCGCCGGUUUGUAGCCCACCGCGCGGAAAGGUUUCUGUGGAAAAAGCAGCACAAAACGCGGCAAAAGGCGGGCAGCGCGGACAGGGGCGGCGACUGUCAGACGCGAGUGAGAAUCUGGCGCUGAAGCUGGCCAAGCACCGACAGGGGCUGGGGGUGGUGGGCGCCGGAGAUCCCAAGACGGGUGCUGGUGGCGCCUCUGCCACUCCACAUGUGCCACGUGGCGGGAGGGUGGGAUCUCGAGGGGGGGCUGCGGCUCUGCCCGUGUCCCGCAGUGCGCUGGCUGCGGACAGGAAGCCGCUGGUUGCGGGAUCUGCGGGGAACGUUGCGCAGAGCCGCGUUGUGGCGGGGGAAGUGAAGCCCCGACAGCGCCUGGCGGACGGGAAAGGUCCGCCUAGUGGUAGCGGCGGACGAAUCCCCGCGCAUGGCGCACCGGACGGGGGAAAGGGGCUGCGGGAACACAGUGCGGGGGGAUCAGUGAGCGGUAAGGGGAAGAACGAAAAGCGGGUAGUAGGGACAAUCGGAGUGGGGAACGGUGGGAGGGGCGUGAGCGCGGAGCAGAGGACGAAGAAGCGUGGUGAGGAGCAAGAGGCAACCCCUCACACAGAGCCGUCGCGAGGGUCGAGGAGGAGUGGAAGGCGGGUAGCUGCGAAAGGCCCGCGUGGAUGCGAUCAGAGUAGAGCGGAGGAUGGGUCUGCGCACCACCCGGCAAUCCGCACUGCACCCCGCGCGCAACACACGCCUUCCCACCAACACCCGACUCCUCCUCCACCUCAUCCUGAUCAACUGCCUCUGGUCACCCAGCCAACUGGUAACCAGUCCAUCAGCCAAACCAGCUUCACCCUCCCGCUCACCUUCCCCUCACCCUCCCCAUCCUCCGCGGGAUCCGCGGAGGACGCGGACAUGCCGUGGGCGGAGCUGAUAGGCGACGUGCGCGGUAUGGAGCAGGACGUGCAGUACGUGCGGCACGCCAUGCUCGCCGCCGGCUUCCUCUCCGACGCCCUUCCCCCCCUCUUCUCCCCGUACCUCCCCAUCAACCCCGCCUUCUUCCAGCACCUCGAAGCCGCCUUCCUCAUGCGCUGCUGCGCGCACGCCACGCACGACCCGUCUCACCUGACUGCCAGCCUGCCCUCCCUCCCUCUCGCCAUACCCGCGUCAUACCACGAGGAGCGCCGGCAGCGCAUGCUGCUCUUUGACGCCGUCAACGAGGCUCUCGGCCGCCGCCUCGCGCCUUUCCUCCCGCGCGUGCCGUGGUCCCCCGAGCCCGUGCAAGUGGCGCCGCGGAGGCGGCCUGUGGGCAUGGAGCUGGUGCAGGAGGUGUGGUCGGAGAUUCACUCAUGGCCCGUGGCGUCCACUGAUGAGGUGUACACGGUGCUGGAUGAGUCAGCAAGGCGUGAUUUGUGGAGGGGCACGGAGAGGUGGCGUGCACAGGAUGUGGCGGAGGAGGAGCCGGGUGUUGUGUUUGAUGUGGAAGGGAUGCUGCUGGAGGAGCUGCUAGAGGAGGUGUGCCUGGAGUUUGUAGAGGUGGAGCAGAGGCGGGCGAGUAAGAGGAUGUCAGUGCAUGGGGUGGUGAAGGCACAGAUUACAUCGUCUGGCUUUGUCUGUGCGGCUCAUGUGAAGGGAUCUGGAAGGGAUGGAGUGGUGGCACUACUUGGUCCUGCUUGCCCUACUGCUGUGGAGUUCAACGGUCACACGAAGCGCACGCACACAGUGGAGAGGGACCUCAACCCCGUGUGGGAUGAAAAGUUCGUGUUUGCAGUCCCCCUGCCGUCACCCCUCAACCCCUCACUGGCCGACCACCAAGAGCCGGUCCACGUCACCAUCUACACCCUCUCCUCCGCCUCCGCCCCUCUCGUUGCAGCCGGCAGUAUCUCGGCCAGCUUUCGCCGCCCGGUGCUGGGCUCCGCCCCUAGUGGCGGGCUGGCAGGCGAUCCGGAGAGAAGCGUGUUCCUGGGGAAGGUGCAGAGGGGGGAAGAACCUCCAUGCCGAAAGGGGGGUAGAGGGGAGGGGUUAUGUUGCAACAGGUGUAUGAAGUCUAGGGAGGGGCGAGAGGAGAGCGUGCAGGUGAGGAGGGGGGUGUGGAGGCAGGGUGUGCAGCGUGGAGCACCUGUGCCCGUCCGCAUACAUGCCCCCACGCCAGGCAUCCCUCUCCACCCCUCUGCACCCCUCGCCUGGCUGCCUCUUGAGCGCCGCUCCCUUGUCAACCGCGUGCGGGGCGACGUGGGCAUGGCAGUGUCCUACCAGGACAUGCCAGCCUCGUCCAUCAACCCUGACUGCCUGGACGAGUUCGACCAAUGCGAGGCCGACAGCAGCCGCAAUGCUGCCUCGCAUUCCUCCUCGCCUCCCACCUCUCUCCCCCUUCCCACCGCUCCCCCCACACUCCCCACUCUCCCCACCCUCCCCACUCUCCCCAUUCUCCCCACGUUCCCCUCUCUCUAUACCUCCUCCCCUCUCGCCACCAUCGUUUCUUCUGGCGAGCCUCCCUCUCAGCCUGUUUCACCCUCCUCCACCGCCCUCUCCCCGCUGCUUCCCCCUGCCUCCGCCCCCCCCAAAGCACUGCCCCAUGCCACUGUGCCUGCUGAGAAAGCGGGGGCAAAGGGCGAGGGGCUAGGGAUUAGGGGGGGAGGCGACAAGGAGGCAGAUGAAGGAAAGGGAGAGCGGGAGGGGGAAGGGGAGGGGGAGGGAGAAGAGGAGGGAGAGGAGGAGGAGGAGGGGGAGGAGGAGGGGCUAUUGGCAAUGGAGCCGAUUCUGUUUGUGCGAGUGGUGCAGGCGCGCUCACUGCUAGGCCUCGAUCUCAAUGCCUCCAGUGACCCUUUCGCCAUGGUCACGGUGGGCAAGGUCACGGCACGCACGCGCACCGUACCAGAUGAUGUCAACCCCAAGUGGAACCAGGUCUUUGCCAUCGGCCAGUCCGCCACGACCUUCUCUCUCGCCAAUCCCUCCUCUGUGCUUGAGAUUGUGCUCAAGAACGAGAACCGUCUCAUGCGGGACUCCUUUUUGGGAGCCAUCUCGCUGCCAGUCACCUCUCUCCCACACCGCGUUCCCCCUGCGCCCCCUGUUGACCCGCGCUGGAUUCGCCUCGACAACAAAGCUGCCAGCGCCCCUGCCAGCGCUGCUCGCAGCACCGUCAAAGGCAAAGCUCAGGUGGAAGUGACCACAGGCACUCACAGUGUUCAGCUCGCGUCCGCUUCUUCUUCACACUCAACCCCUCUGCCUCCCUUGUCCUCCAACCAUCCCACCCCACCCCACCCCUGCCUUGCAGGCGAGCUGCAAGUGGCGGUGUGGAUAGGAGUGAGGGCGGACGAGCAGUUUGCAGAGGCCUGGCAGUCGGACGUGAAGGGUGUGGCACACCACCGCUCGCGCACCUACCCCUCUCCACGCCUCUGGUACCUGCGCGUACACCCCUGCAAGCUGGAGCACCUCCCUGUGCCGCGUGUUGCACCCAACCUUCCUAUGUCGUUCCAAUCCCCUUCUUUCCCCCACCCAUCAUCCCUGCUCCCUCCCACCAAUCAGGUGCUGCGGCUACGAGUGCCCUGCGGCAUGCAGGUGCAGACAGGCCCCGCCACCCACCGCACUCCAUCGCUGCCCGGCGAAAGCGAUGCCGGCGGCGGGGUGAGCGACCGCAAAGCGAGCGGCUGUAGCGACGAUGAGGAUGAGGAUGACGAGGGGGAGGAGGGCGAGGAGGGUGAGGAGGGGAGGCGGGAGGAGGAGGGGGGAGUGGGUGGAGAUGAGGGUGGCCUGAGGCAGCGGCUUGGGCAGCGGUUGCAGAACAGGCAGGUCAACGUGAGCAACGCCAUGGGCAAUGUGAGCAACGCCAUGGGCAACGUUAGCAACGCCAUGGGCAACGUGAGCAACGCCAUGGGCAAUGUGAGCAGCGCUAUUGGCAACGUGGGCAGUGCUAUGGGCAGCAUGCGGAGCCUUGGGGGCAGCCUGCGCAACAUAGGCGGCAGCAUGCGCAUGCCCCCCGUCUUCCCCCUCCGCAGGGCCGCAGCAGAUGCGGCCAAGACAGGCGCAGGGCAGGGCGUAGAGCAGGGCACGGGGCAGGGCGCACAGCAUGGGACAGGGCAAGGCCCAGGGGAGAGGACAGGUGCAGGUGGGGGUGCAGGAGGGGAGGAGGGGCGGGAGGAGGGCGUGUGGGUGUGGGGCGAGGGCGAUGAGCAGGUGCUGGUGGUGGCAGAGCCGCUGAAUGGGCACCUGCACGUGCAGAUCGUGAAUGUCAUCUCUCCCUCCUGGGAGGAGGUGGUGGCAUCAGCAGGCGUGCUCAUCUCCUCCAUCCCCGCCCGCAUCACCCUCGACCCCCUCGAACCCAUCUCCAUCGCUCUCCAAACCACCGCCUCUGCCACUCCUGCAGCCAUCACCACUGCAAACCGCACCUCCUCUUACGACUCCCUCGAAUCCCCCUCUAAACCAUCCCCAGCCCCCACUAUCGCAUCCUCCCUCUCCACCUCCUCCCUAUUCCACUCCUCCUCCCCUCCCUCCUCCUCGUCCUCCCCCACCCCCCUCCUCUCCCUCCUCCUCGCCCUGGAAGGCGGCCACCACGUAUUCACCCAACACCCUCGCUUCCAUUCCUCCCCGCUCCCCGCCGCCCGCUCCCUCUACCCGCCGCCCAUCGCGCGCCUCGAGAUCGGGAUCAUAUCGGCGAAGAAUCUGCAGCGGCCAGUGCCGAGCUCGCUGGGGAGUGCGGGGAUGGAUGUGUAUGUGGUGGUGCGGUAUGGCGGCAUGUGGGCGCGCACCAGGACUGUCAGCGGGGAGGUCAACCCUGUGUGGCGUGAGCAGUUUACCUGGCCUGUUUAUGACCUCUGCACCGUUGUCACCAUCGGUGUGUUUGAAAACAAGCACAACAGGGGAGUGACCACGUCAACAGACACCCCUCUGGGCCGCAUACGCAUGCGCCUCAGCGCCAUCGACUCCACGCGCGCCCUCUCCUCGCACCAGCCGCUGCUGUGCCUCACCAAGAAGGGCGUGAAGCAGCUGGGCCAACUGCACCUCGCGCUGCGCCUCUCCCCCGCCAUCCCCCUCUCCCGCCUCGCCGCCACCUACAUCCGCCCCACGCUCCCCCCCGCGCAUUACCACUUCCCCAUCCCCGAAUCCCAAGAACCAGCACUCUUACAGGAGGCUGUGGGCCUGCUGUGUGCGCAGCUGGGAGCAUUCGACCCGCCGCUGCGAGCCGAGGUGGUGCAGUACAUGGGGGAGUGCGAUGAGGACGUGCUGUCAGUGCGGCGACUUAAAGCCAACCUGCAGCGGAUCAAAAUGCUGCGGGCGCGGUUCUCUGCCAUGGCUGCUGGGUUCAAGGCCGUGCGGUCGUGGGAGAGCCUUCCUCUCACGCUCGCCGUGCACGUGGCGUACACUUUCGCACUGUUCUACCCGUCCUUCAUCCUCCCCACGCUCUUCUUUCUCCUUGCCUGGCAACUGCUCGCCUCCUCCCCCACUCGCCCCCUCGGCCCGCCUCUGAUGGAUCUGAAGCUUUCGCAGGGGGAGGGUAGGGAAGGGGUGGCGGAGAUAGGAGGGGAGGAGGGGGAUGAUGGGGAUGAGGAGGACGAGGAGCAGGAGAAAGGUGGUUCGGGUCCGGUGGCGUACUAUAAGGCCCUGAGGGCCAAGUACGACAAGCUCAUGGACGGUGCAGGGAGGGUGCAACGGGGCCUUGGGGUCAUUGCUGACGCAGCAGAGAAGAUAGAGAUGCUGCUGACGUGGCGAGAUCCAAGUCUUCCCCUCCCUUCGCUUCAGGGCCACACUCCUGCUCAUGUCACCGUGCGCAGCGCUCAUGCUGCUGCUGCUCUUUUGAGCCUCCGUGAUGCCCCUCUCUGUUCAUCCCACCCAAACCACCCCUGCUCCCUUUCCCAACCCCUCAGAGCCACGUUCCUGCUCAUGUCAGCGUGCACGGCGCUCAUGGCUGUGCUGCUGCUGCUGCCCUUCCGCCCCGUGGCGCUAGCAGCGGGCUUCUGGGCGAUGAGACACCCGCGCCUGCGCCGCAUCACGCCCACCAAGGUCAAAUGCUUCCUCGCUCGCCUGCCCACGCGCGCCGACACCAUUUACUGA